UUUGACACAAGUGAACACACCCAUUUUUCGAACGGUUCUUGAUACGAUUCACGGAUCUUAAAAGAUGACAUCUUCUCACUGGUAGUCUGACACGCUCAUGCAUCAUUCGCGAUGUCUCAGACAGGCUUUUCCUGAAUGAAAUCAUGGGCGACAGGCGCGACAGAUGCGCCGUGACGCGCAGACGGAGAACCUUGACAAUCUGCGGUGAAGCCGCAGCGGCCGGCGCGAGCUCGAGACGCGCAGGCAGGAAAGACCCGAGCGGCGCUGAAACACACCGCAAUGCCACCAACAACUGCGAGCAGGUGCACGAGACGUCCAAGAGCAAAGAUGAUGGCCUUAAGGACAGGAUCAGCUGCCAUCGGCUCCAGGAGUCACUGCUCAGCUCGGAGAGCGGCUACAGCAACUACAGAGGAAUCCUCAACUGGUGUGUGGUCAUGCUGGUUUUGUCCAAUGCACGCCUAUUCCUGGAGAACCUCAUAAAAUAUGGCAUACUGGUGGACCCCAUCCAGGUCGUCUCCCUUUUCUUAAAGGACCCAUACAGCUGGCCUGCUGCAUGCCUUAUCAUUGUGUCUAACGUGUUUAUCAUGGCAGCUCUGUACACGGAAAGACAGCUGGCUAUGGGCAGAAUCUCAGAGAGCACUGGGACUUUCCUCUACUGCAUCAAUCUCAUCGCUGUUUUGUGUUUUCCAUCUGCCACCGUCCUCACGCUGACCUCUAUGACCCCAGUGGGUGGAAUCAUUGCACUAUUAGUAUACACAGUCCUGUUCCUGAAGCUCUACUCCUACAGGGAUUUGAAUAAAUGGUGCCGGGAAAUCAGACACGUCCAAGCCCGAAAACUGUCUCGCUCCAACUCCUGUCCGUCUGUGCAGAGAGCCAAUGGGAAUGCAGCACACAGUCACGUGACCUACCCGGGCAAUCUCACCCAUAGAGAUAUGUAUUAUUUCAUUUUUGCCCCAACGCUUUGCUACGAGCUGAACUUCCCUCGAUCCUCACGAAUACGGAAGCGCUUCCUGCUCAGGAGACUUUUUGAAAUGCUCUUUUUGAUGCAGUUACAAGUCGGCUUGAUACAGCAGUGGAUGGUGCCAACUAUCCAGAACUCCAUGAAGCCUUUUCAGGACAUGGAUUUGUCCAGGAUGGUGGAGCGUCUCCUGAAGCUUGCUGUCCCUAAUCAUUUAAUAUGGCUAAUCUUUUUUUACUGGUUAUUCCACUCCUCCAUGAACUUUGUUGCAGAACUGAUGCAGUUUGGAGACCGAGAGUUUUACAGAGACUGGUGGAACUCAGAAACAGUGCCAUAUUUCUGGUCAAACUGGAACAUCCCUGUCCAUAAAUGGUGCCUGCGGCACUUUUAUAAGCCCAUGUUGAGAAGAGGUGUGAACAAGCUGACAGCUCAGAUCGCUGUGUUCUUUCUCUCCGCCUUCUUUCAUGAGUACCUGGUGAGUGUGCCGCUGAAGAUGUUCCGACUUUGGGUGUUCAUGGGAAUGAUGGCUCAGGUUCCGCUCGCCAUGUUUGUGGGACGCUUCCUGAGAGGUAACUAUGGCAACGCGGCGGUCUGGAUCUCUCUGAUCAUCGGACAGCCCAUCGCUGUGCUCAUGUACGUCCACGAUUACUACGUACUUCAUUAUGGAAGUGCAACAGAGGGCGGAGCUUCACCAUGAUAAGCAAUUUGUUCCAUUAAAAAACAACAACACAACUUCAGAUGUAUUUAAAUGAAAGAUUUUUAACGACAAGUGAAAGUCCUUACAUCAUUACCACAAAAAGGGAAAUCCUCUGCUAAUGUACUUUAUAAGGGCAAAGAGAGAGAGGGAGCAAGAGAGACAGAGGGAAGGAGAGAAAGAGCGAGAGACAGAGAGAGAGUGAGAAAGAGCGUGAGAGAGAAAGAGGGGGCGAGUGAGGGAGAGAGGGAGCGAGAGAGAGAGGGAGAGACAGAGGGAGGGAGAGAGUGAGACAGAGAGAAAGAGAGAGAAUGAGUGAGAGAGACAGAGGGAGAGCGAGAGAGACAGAGAGAGGGAGAGAGAGGGAGAGAGAGAGAGAGAGAGAGAGAGACAGAGAGAGAGAGGGAGCAAGAGAGACAGAGAGAGGGAGAGAGAGAGAGACAGAGAGAGGGAGAGAGAGAGACAGAGAGAGGGAGAGAGAGAGAGACAGAGAGAGCGAGAGAGACAGAGAGAGAGAGAAUGAGAGACAGUGAGAGAGAGAGAGAGGGAGAGAGAGAGAGAGCGAGAGAGGGAGAGAGAGAGAGAGACUGCCCAGCCAAAGCAUCAGCAUUAAAAUGCCAUGAAGCUCACACACCCUGAUGACCACAGCGAGCUCACACCACAAACACAUGGCCAUUUUCUCUCUCUCUUAUUUUAUGAACAUUUUAUGAACAUUUUAUGAACAUUAUCUGCGCUUUGUAACUGUUUAAGUCAGUUUGGUUUUAUAGUUUGCUUCAUUUACAUAGUAAAGCCAUUUAGGUUUUUGCACUUUAUCAAUAAUGCAAAGUUUCCUGAGCCUUUCAUCAGUUAUUAUUAUUAUUAAAAAAAUCAAUCAGUCCUUUAUAUAAAUUAAUUACAAUUCACAUGAAUGUUUUAUGUUAAUGUAAAAAUGGUUGAUGCUUGGAAACGUACGUUAGUUAUUUUAACUUUAGUUCGAAUUUAAUGAAAUUUUCUGUUGUACUUUUAAGACACUGGACCAGAUUUGAGCUACUUUUGACUCCUUUUUACCCAAAGAUAUCAGUUCGUGAAUCAAUCUGACUUUGUAAGAUUUAUGACUUUAAUAGAUUUUAAUGGCUUAAACAUUAUAAAAAUCAGUGUUUUUAUUCCA